AUGGCAGGAUCACAAUUAAAGAAGUUGAAGGCCGAGUUAAAGUCGAAGGGGUUGGUUGGUCAAACCAACACCAAGUCUCGAAACAAGAGAAACAAGGCUCCUUCCGAGAGCAGAAAAUCAGACAAGGAAGAGAUAUUACAAGGUAUCAGAUCCAAGUUCAAUGUGUUUGAUGCUAGAAUCAAUAGAGUCAAGAGAGAUGUCACCAUUAUAGAAAACGGAAAGUUCGUUAAAAUGGGUGAGUCAGAGAAGAGUAAUCCCACAAAGCUGAACUCUUUCAUGAACAAGAACUUGAAGAUAGCGUAUGAUUUACACAAGUCUCAGAAGGGUAAAAACAGUAGACUUGUUGAUAGAAGAUUUGGAGAAAAUAGUGGAUUAAGUCAGGAAGAGAGAAUGUUACAGAGAUUUGUUAAGGAGAGGGAAAGUCUGAGUAAACGUAAUAAGUUCAGUAUCGAAAGUGAUGAAGAUCUGGACGAUGACGACGAAGCAGAGUUCAUGCUAUCCCAUGACGGUAAAACAUUGGCACACGAUGAAGAAUUUGGAAUGGACAUGGAAGAAGAACCAACCCAAGCUCUUGCUCCAGGACACAGAAAAACAAAGGCCGAAGUCAUGAAAGAAAUAAUAGCUAAGUCCAAGUUCCAUAAAGCCGAAAGACAAAAGGUAUUCAGACAAACCCAAAAUGAAAUCGAUACGUUGGAUGACCAAUUUCAAGAUAUAUUUCAGGAAGCAGGAAAGGCCACAAAGAAUGGUCCUCAGUUUAGUGACAAGAAACAAGAAGACAUCUUGUAUGAUGAAAGAGUGAGAGGUUUGGUGUUCGACAAGAGAGCUGUUCCAGCAGACAGAACCAAAACCCAAGAAGAGCUUGAGACCCAACACAACGAAAGGUUAAGAAAGAUUGAAGAUGAGAGAGCAAAGCGAAUGGAAGGAGAAAGAGAUGCUGAAGGGGAUGAUCUCGACCAGUUUUGGGGAAGUGAGAGUGAUGAGGAAAGUAGUGAAAAGGCAGAAGAAUUAGACAGAGACGACGAAGACGAAGAUGUUUCUUUCCCUUUGACCUUGGAAGAGUUCAGUGAUGCGAUAGAAGUGGAAGAGGAUCCCAUUGAGUACGUGAACAAGAUUAUCAAAACAUACAAACCACAUUUGAAGGAAGGUAACAAGGAUAGAAUGAACAAGUUUGUUGCAAUCUUAUUCAAAUAUGUUACCAAAAAGCCUGAUGAUGAGCUUAUAAAAAUCUUGAAAAAAUUGAGUGAAUCGUACAACGAAGAGUUGGUAGGGUUUCUUCGUGCAGAAAUGCAGGAGAUUCAAGUACGUAUUGGAGCUCAGGCCCUAGAAAAAUCUGACUUGGUUUACUUUGCUUUGUGUGGUUUGAUUUUCUCCAGUUCCGACAAGUACCAUUUAAUUAUCAUUCCAAACUUGAUUUUGAUGAACGAAAUAUUGAGCACAUUUAUUCCACAGGACAUGAGUCGUAUCGAAUUCAAGCAUGUGGGGCAGUGCCUUUUCAUAAUUGAUACAGUGCUACAGUACCAAAGAUUGAGCAAACGAUUCGAGCCGGAAGUGAACAACAGUUUGAUCAAAAUAUUAAAGGCCUGUGCCAGUAUUAAUGGAACAUCCACUGAAUCGGUAUUGUCGCUCGACGAACUCUUCGUGGAAGAACCCAAGGUCAGCUAUGUUAAUAAGACCUAUGAGCUCAUUGAUAGAAUGUCUGGGUUAUACAAGGAAUAUUCGAGUUUAAAGAACUUUAUCGAGCAGCUUAUGCCGUUGUUAUCAAGGUUCCAAGCCAAGAAAGUUGGCAACACGCAUAAGUUACAAGCCGUCAUCGACAAGUUGAACAAGUUGUCGCACAACAUCAAGCUCACUCCAUUGGUGUUGCAAGCUCAUAGAAAGAUUGCCAUCAAAACCUUACAACCCAAAUUCGAAGAGAACUUCAAUCCCGGUAAGAGUUACGAUUUGGACUUGAAUAAGCAAGAAGUCAAUAAGAUGAGAGCCCAAUUGAAGAAAGAAAAGAAGGAAACCUUAAAAGAUAUUAGAAAGCAAAAUGCAUUUGAGACUAACGAAAGGUUGUCAGAGAAGAUUAAGAUGUACGACGAAUAUCACUCCAAGAUGUCUAAAAUUGUCAAUUCCAUUUCCACCAUCGAAGGUAAAGAGAAGAACGAUUAUGAAAAGGAGAAAAAGAGAAGAAAGUGAUUUAGGUAGCAUUUUAAUAGACAUAACUCAUUUAUCG